UGACUCUCGAGGUCCAAGCAACAGCUAUGGAGAGGAUUUCUAGUCAGUCAAGAUGGAGGACGGUGGAGUGGACACGCUAUGUCCGCGGACUACACACAUUUCGUGUUUAUACCCAGAAAUCUUGGCGCUUAUAUUCAGUUACUUGGACGUGAAAGACAAAGGGCGAAUUGCCCAAGUGUGUUCGAACUGGCGUGAUGCUGCCUAUCACAAAAGUGUCUGGAGAGGAGUCGAAGCGAAACUCCACCUGCGCAGGGCGAAUCCGUCUUUGUUCCCAUCGCUGGUGCGUCGAGGUAUCCGGCGGGUGCAGGUGCUCUCCCUUCGACGUUCCCUCAGGGACGUGAUCAGCGGUGUUCCCAACCUCACCUCCCUCAACCUCUCCGGCUGCUACAACGUCACAGACAUCGGGCUGACGCACGCCUUCGUCAGCGAGUUCCCUUCGCUGACACACCUCAACCUCUCGCUGUGCAAGCAGAUCUCGGACUCGUCCCUCGGCAAGAUCGCUCAGCAUCUCAGGAACCUGCAGGUCUUGGAGUUGGGAGGAUGCUCCUACAUCACCAACACGGGCCUCCUGCUGGUGGCGUGGGGGCUCAAGAAGCUGAGGAGGUUGAACCUGAGGUCGUGCUGCCUCGUGAGUAAUCAGGGCAUAGCUUACCUGGCGGGGCAGCACCAGGAGGCCGCGGACGGCACCAUGGCGCUGGAACAUCUCGGCCUCCAGGACUGCCAGAAGCUGUCCGACGAUGCUCUUAAACACGUGGCCCACGGCCUGCCCAACCUGAAGAGCAUCAACCUCUCCUUCUGCGCCAGUAUCACCGAUUCCGGCCUGAAAUACCUGGCGAGGAUGCCCAGCCUGAGGGAGAUUAACCUGAGGUCGUGCGACAACAUUUCGGACAUCGGCAUCGCCUACCUGGCGGAGGGCGGGUCGAGGAUUACCUCUCUGGACGUCUCCUUCUGCGACAAAAUCGGCGACCAGGCGCUGGUGCACAUCUCCCAAGGCCUCUUCACCCUCAAGUCGCUCUCCUGCUCUGCCUGUCAGAUCAGCGACGACGGCAUCCACAGGAUAUCCAGAACGUUACACGAACUCGAUACCCUGAACAUCGGGCAGUGCGUGCGCGUGACGGACAAGGGACUCCAGUUAAUUUCAGAACACUUAACCAAUCUGUACUCGAUUGACCUGUACGGCUGCAAUCGCAUCACGACGGUGGGGCUGGAGAGGAUCAUGCAGCUCCCGCGCCUGUCUGUCCUGAACCUCGGGUUGUGGCACAAGCAGAGGCGGUGACCCAUGCCCUACAUAGGAGGGACACCGCCUGUUAGCAAAUCCACGCCCAGAGAAAACCAGGUGUUCAGUCCUACCAGACAGUCAAGGUAACGGUUCGAAGACGUGAAAAAAAAGUUUUUUUUUUUUUCUAAAUUCUCGAAGAUAUAAAAAGAAACUGAAAUUCCUUGAGGUGUCUUUUACUUUGCCUUGAUGUGUGUACUUUUGCCGGAAUCACCAGUGCAAGUGAUUUGUGCUGCGGCUUUUAACCGAUGGCUGUGUUUUUAAUUACGAGGAAAAUAGAAAUAACAGAACGUUGGGGAGAAGUUCAGGUUUUUAAGUAGAAUUUCCUGCAAACUGUAACCUCCAGGUUCGCUAGUUUUUCAAAUACCAAACAUCGUGGAGGAAGGAAGUAUGUGUUUUUGCCAAAAAAUCGAAUAGUUUCAAGUGCUGUGCAGUAAUGAAAACAUGAUUCGUGCAAUAAAUCCAUGGAAUUCCCCCAAAAUCGCCAAGAUAAGAAGCAGAGAUAAGGUUAUCCUCUGCCCAGUUGAUAACAAGAUAUAAAAAAGAAAAGUUAUCCACUCUCCAGUUGAUAUCAGAUUUUCUCUCAGCUGUGCCAUGUUUUUAAGUGAUUUAUGAAAUGUCAUUAAAUCUCAACCUUAAGUGAUUUUCCUUGUUUUAGAGGAACCCAUAAACGGAAAGUAUAUAUAGUUUGAUUAAUCUUCAAACCCUUUCUGAGAAAAAUAGUGACUUAAACAAAUUCCCCCCCCCCUUUUUUUUUUACUUAUUACUGAGGGAAUGUGACCCAUUUCCAAACUUUCCACCAUUUUAUGUACAUAUUAUACUAUGUAGCUCCGUGAUAUAACUUAUGUGAUAUGUGUGACAGUAAGCGUGAAUGGGUAUGUACUAAUGCAGAAGUCAUUGUUGUCUACUUGAUCACUUUUUUGAUGUGUAAAUAUAGGUAAUAAGUUUGAUAUGACAUGCGAGAUAAGUCCCCUAAUCAUUGACAGUUAAAAGAUAAAUGAAAUACCUGAAAGUAAGGUUAAUGCAAGUACUAUUUUUUUUUUUUUUUUUAAGGAAAUAUGGAGUGAUUAAUAUUUUUGAUAUGCAAUGUCAUUAUGUCAAUAUAUAAGCCAUAGGACAUUCCUUGUAACUUCUAAAAUUGUUGAAAGUGGAAGGAACAUGAGUUUUAAAACUUUAUAAAGCUUUUUUUCUAUCUGGUUUUCUGACCUGAUAUAAUUCUCCAAAUUUGGCGCUAAUACUGAAACAGCAUUAAUAAUAAAACGAUUAACUUCCUGAAGUGGUUUACUCUUUUCUUUGUGAAACACCAAAAUUAACUUUGUGCCCCUUCGUGUUGCAUUUAGGAGCAGGGGAGAAGAGGAUGGGGGGGAGGGGGUGUUGCAGAAGAGGAAUGGGGUCGGGGGGGAAACAUAGUCAAUUCCCCGUAUCGUUUGAACCAUCACCCUGCAAAGAAGUCUGUAAGAAUUUGUCGUAAUUCCGGGAAGUUCGGUCAUUUUCACUUUGAUGAAUCAUCAUUCGUAUGAAAUUGGUAAAUUAGGCCUUUCAUAUAUAACUACCGCAAGUAAGGUCGUUAUAUCUUUCUAAAAUGCUUCCAAAACUCCCUCUCUCAAAUGUAACGAAAUACUAAGCCAAUUAGUGGCAACACGAUCAGAUCUACGAGACGUGAUGCUGACAAAUUCUAAAUUGAAAUAUCGUCUAUGGAAAGCAACAAAUUUCUGAAUAAAUGCCCAGGAUCCUGGCCCCUUCCCCUCAUUUUGUUUAGUGCUUUCUUCGAAUAAGAAAAGACCGCGAUACUAUCAAGAUGGGGCGUUGGUUAUAUUUUCAUCUUAGGCUAGCUUUUAAAGUUAUAUUGCCACCAUCCUCGAAAGAGCAGGAUUUAUCGUUUUUACAAUGAUUUUAAAUCGCUCCUCAUCUGUUUCCAAAACUUGAAACAUGCGGUAGUUUUCUCAUUAUCUCACAGAGUUUCUGUAAACAAAGUCGAGGAUUUUUUGCAUGAAAUAUACCGACACUUGUUCAGUGGUCAUGGUCUACUGUAGCAGGCAUUUCUUGUAGUGGGUAGGAUACUUCAGAGGGUAUAUGACCUAACCAAGAUUAUCUUUAUCUAGCCUAACCUUGGACGCCUUGGCCUAACCCGGCCUGGGGAGCGCUUCGCCCCCCCCCCCCCCCCUCUUCAAGUAAGCCAUGACCCCUCACUCUGCAUUCGACCCGUGACGGAAAUUCUCAGGUCUAACUGAACUUUCUUUCAUGCACUGUAGCGAUUUUUUUUUUAUAUAAUAUUCUUUGGUCACUAAAUUUCAUUGCAUAAUGAUCCAGCAUACCCGUUGUUAAAGUUGUAAUUAGUAAUACUGCCUAUUUGAUAACCAACGUUACGUAUUGAGCCGGAAGGCAGGUGGUGUCUGGUGCUCAUGUUUUUUUUUUUUUUUUUUUUUUUU